AUGGCAACAACACCGAAGAUGCUGAUUCCGACACUAUCACCUCUCGGAAGUCCACGGUCCAAAAAACCAACCGAUCCAACCUGGCCCGAGAUCACACUAGAGCAGCCCUCCGGCAAGACCAAAUCAACCGGCUCCAAAUCCACAAAACUCCUCCGCCGCGUCCGCUCCGUAUUCCGCUCCCUCCCGAUCAUAUCCCCGAUGUGUAAAUUCCCAGGCACAGGGACACGUGUCCACGAGAACCACGUCCACGGAGGGACACGCGUCACGGGGACCCUCUUCGGUUACCGCAAGACGCGUGUGAACUUAGCGAUCCAGGAGAAUCCUCGCUCCCUCCCGAUCCUCGUGUUGGAGCUGGCCAUCCCCACGGCGAAGCUACUGCAUGAUCUCGGGGUUGGUUUGGUUAGGAUCGCGCUGGAGUGCGAGAAGAAGCCUAGCGAGAAGGUUAAGAUUGUCGACGAGACGAUUUGGGGUUUGUAUUGUAACGGGAAGAAGUCUGGUUACGGGGUGAAGAGAGAGGCGACGGAGGAGGAUUUGGUGGUUAUGCAGAUGCUUCAUGCGGUGUCGAUGGGAGCUGGUGUGUUGCCGGUGAGUGGUGGAGGAGGGCGGGAAGAAGGGGAUUUGACUUUUAUGAGAGCUUAUUUUGAGAGAGUGAUUGGGUCGAGAGAUUCGGAGACUUAUUACAUGAUGAAUCCUGAUGGGAAUAGUGGGCCUGAGCUCAGUAUCUUCUUCGUUCGGGUUUAAAACGUCGUCGUUGCUUAGGUGGAAGUAAAACAAAACUAGACACGUGGAUAUGUGUGUCUCGGUAAAUCAUUUUUUCAUUUUGCUUUUUGCUAAUUUAUUUUUCGAUUUGGUAAUCAAUGAUUAAUUGGUGAUGUAAUAUUUGCUACAUCUUCUGUUGCUGUGAUUUUGAGGGAAAUGUUUGGAGAAGUCAAAUCCGAGUAGAGAUGAUCUUGUAGUUUUGGUAUUUUG